UCUCAUCAUUAUCGGCGUAAAGAAAAUGGCUCUAACCCUCGGGCCCUGCCUUUCAAUACCGUCAUCGGAAAAGACCAAAAGGCUCCUUAAACCACCCCAUCUCCCCCCAAACCUGCAUCGCCCCUUGUACCGCCACGUCAGCCCUAGAAUGUGCGGAGCUGAUCGUAACCCUAAUCUCCUAAGCUCCAUAACCACUUUCCUCUGGUCCAACUCCCUGCCUCCCCAACUUCUAAUCGCAGCCGUCCGUUCGGCCUGGACCUCCGCAUGGCAAAUCAUGAUGAGCCAGAUGGCGCCAUCUGAUUCGUCAGGCUCCUACGCAAGGCCCCCCUCCAAAUUCAAAUCUCUGGCCGUUGGCUCCCGCCAAAAAAAGCCCCCCAAAAAGUAUCACCUCUAUGUGGCCCUUGCUUGCCCUUGGGCCCAUAGAACCCUAAUUGUGAGGGCUCUCAAAGGUUUUGAAGAGGCAAUACCAGUCUCCAUUGCUUCACCUGGUGUCAAUGGAUCAUGGGAAUUCAAGAGUUCUAGGAGUUUUAAUGGAGAUAGAAGUGAUUAUACUCCUGGUUUGGAUAAGGCUAAUGGGUGUAAGACACUAAAGGAGGUGUAUGGUCUUAGACAUGGGGGCUAUGAUGGAAGGAGCACUGUUCCGAUGCUUUGGGAUAUUAAGAAGAGAGAUGUUGCUUGCAAUGAGAGCUUCGAUAUUAUCGAGUUUUUGAAUUCGGGGUUUGACGGGGAGGUGGGUGAUUCGGGGUUGGACCUCUCGCCACCAGAGCUAGAUGGGAAGAUUAACGAGUGGUAUGAUUUGAUUUAUCCGAAUGUUAACAACGGGGUUUACAGAUGUGGAUUUGCACAGAGCCAAGAGGCAUACGAUAGUGCUGUUGAGGUGUUGUUCAGUACAUUAGAUAAGAUCGAUGCCCACUUGGCCACUAACCGAUACUUAUGUGGUGAUGCACUGACACUUGCUGAUAUUUGCUUGUUUACCACUUUGAUUCGCUUUGAUCUAGUAUAUAAUGUUCUAUUCAAAUGUACGAAGAAGAAGUUGAUAGAGUACCCUAAUCUCCAUGGUUAUAUGCUUGACAUAUAUCAGAUUCCAAAGGUUGCAGCCACAUGCAACUUCGAUGCAAUCAUGGACGGUUACUAUCGGAUUCUCUUCCUGCUGAACCCUGGAGGCAUCAGACCAGCAAUGCCUUUGGGCUAUGCACAUGAAGCCCUCAGCAAGCCACCUAAUAGGGAAAUGCUAUCAAAAACCAACAAAUUUCGCAGUGUCUCAGCUUCUUCAGUUGUAUAGCAAGGAAAUGCUUUCAAAAACCAACAAACUUAGUGACUAAUUCAGUUUCAUUUGUAUAGCCUCAUUACAGUGAAAUGCUACCCAAAACCGAAGAAUGACACCAAGAUUGAGCUUCAUUAGCAUGGAAGUUUGUAAAUAACAGUGUUAAUAAUGUAUACAAAUACUAAAAUAUAUCAGAACUCAUUAGACAAAAUAGCUUUAGCCAUACAU